GGAAGAGGUGUGUUUUCAGCAGGCCUCUAACGCCACACGCUCAAGUUUCUGCAAAACGGCGAAACUCCUCCGAAUACGGCUGACUACGACGGAAUAUAACAACAAUAAGGGCAACGGAAAGAAAACCAGACAGAAAGAAAGACAGGCGUAGAGAAACUGCAGCUGCUUUUUCGUGUUACUGAGGGUAACGUGAACGCCGAUCCGCUUUGGUGGUUUCAGGUAAAGAUAAACUUUCAGGAGUUUAAAGACGGGGGAAAAGCCCCGAUAAGGACACAAGAAUAGGAAUACCCCGCGUAUGUACAUUAAACCAAGGAGCUCUGUUCGCCUGCAGCAAGACAGCGCGCCACUGCGAGGUUUUUUGGGUUUGAAGCCACCAGGAUGGGGAACAGCAGCAGCGACAGGUCCAGUGGAAGUCAAGGUGAGAGAUCAUACAGAGAUGGACAGCAGGGAGGGAAGGAGGCUCGGUCUAACAUCAUGAUGGACAGCACAGAGGAUGCGGGUCUCUUCCAGAGAGAAGAUCCAAAGUCUUCACAGGAACUGCAGGAGUUUCUGGCCUGGCAGCAGGACCUGGACAGCGAUUCUAAAAGUUCAGCGCAGGCCAGACCAACUGUGUUCAGGUGGUCGGGGGGAGCCAAAGACGUCUUUGUGUCCGGCUCAUUUAACAACUGGUCCACCAAGAUCCCACUCAACAGAAGUCAGAAUAACUUUGUGGCUAUUGUGGAUCUGCCUGAGGGAGAGCACCAAUACAAGUUUUGUGUGGAUGGUCAGUGGAUCUUGGAUCCAGCUGGGGCCGUGGUGACAUCUAAAACUGGAACAGUAAAUAAUGUCAUACAGGUGAAAAGAACUGACUUUGAAGUCUUUGAUGCUCUCAGGAUUGACUCUCAGGACUCAGCCGAUGUCUCAGAAUUGUCCAGUUCUCCUCCUGGCCCCUACCAACAGGAUGCAUAUGUAACCAAGUCAGAUGACAAGCUCAAACAUCCUCCUUUCUUACCCCCCCACCUGCUGCAAGUGCUGCUCAACAAGGACACUGGUGUUUCUUGUGACCCGACGCUGCUUCCAGAGCCCAACCAUGUGAUGCUAAAUCACCUGUAUGCCCUCUCCAUCAAGGAUGGGGUGAUGGUUCUCAGUGCAACACAGCGAUACAAAAAGAAGUACGUGACCACUCUUCUGUACAAGCCAAUAUAAUCCAUGGAGGUGUGAGCCCUCCUCCAGUGUUUCUGAAACCAAUCUGUUGUACACAGCUGCUAUCUGGACUGCUUUGCUGAAACUGGACCUAAAUAGCUUCCUGAUAUCAGUUUAAAACAUUUGACAAAGUUACUGAUUGUUAAACUGUUUUGUGAUCUCAGAAUUUGAAAACGUUGAAAUGUUAAAUGUUUGCAGAUACAUGUUAUGAUAUGAGCAGAUGAUUAUUUUUAAAGGACUUUAUUCCAA